GGCCGAUCAACGCGGACAGUGAAUGACGUACCAGGAAAGCAGCAAUUCAACACGGCCCCCCUCCUCGCCAACAUACAUACAUACACCCCACGUCACUCGCACCAGACGACCAACCUGCAUAUAGGAUGAUGAAGGACUCUUGACCGACCGGCAGACACCCCAGUCAGCCGUCACUCCCACCAGUCGGGCUGCACGCGUCACACACACACACACACACACACAGAGAGAGAGAGAGAGAGACAGACGGAGAGAUGGAAAGGUGCUGCGUGUCCCCCGCUCCCUCAUACGAUGUGUGUGGAUACCUCCUCUUGUUGCGAUGCGGUGGUAAUGCCUGGGUAGGCCGGCAUCAUGAAACCGCUCGCCCCGCCCAUCCCUGGGUAUCCAACGCCCACGCCCCCUGAACAAACACACACACACACACACACCCACACACCCACGCACACACACACACACACGUGGGUCGCAUGAGCAGGAGAGCAGCCGUUGUGUGUGGGUGCAUCUAUCUGUCUUUGUCUGUCCCAUCUCACUUUGCACAGGUGUGGACGGUGUAGCGAAGGGGUUGGACCGGUCGACAGCAGCCGGAGUCGCCCCUCCCACGGCCAUCGGUCGGCUCUGCAUCCCCAUAGCUGACGCGUAGAUGCCCCCGGGCAUCCCCAUGGCCCCCAUCCCACCCACCCCUGCUGUGGCCAUGCGAGGGGUGGAUGCGAAGUAGCUGGGGUUCUGCAGCCCACCAACACCAUAACCCAACUGCGCUCGCUGACCGGCGUAGUAGCCCGGCGUGCUGGCGUACAGGCCGCCCUGCGCCAUGCCGGUGGGGUCAUGGGGCAUCUGCGGCUGCUGCGGCUGUUGCUGCAUCUGAGACAGCAGCAGCAUGGGGUUCUGCGGACUCAUUGAAGAAACGUUGGGCUGAGACGCAAAGGGCCCGGCUGGCGACGGCUGCGGCAUGCCGUUGUGCAUCCCCUGCAUGCCCAUCCCACCCAUCAUGCCCCCCUGCAUGCCUCCCGGCUGCUGCUGCUGUUGCUGGAAGCCGCCGUAGCCGCCCAUGGGGUUCAUCAUACCUUGCUGGCCGGCCAUCCCCAUCCCCUGCUGACCUGGCAUGCCCAUGCCUUGCUGACCUGCCAUGCCCAUGCCCUGCUGCCCCAUCAUACCAGGCAUACCCAUCUGCCCGCCGCCCAUGCCGCCCAUGCCGCCCAUUCCACCCAUGGCACCCAUACCUGGGCCCUGCUGCAUGCCGCCGAAGCCUGACUGUUGCUGCGGCUGUCCCAUCUGCUGCUGCUGUUGCUGCUGCUGCGGCAUGUUCUGCUGACCAAACAUGCCCAUCAUCCCCGGCAUGCUCGGCGAAGGCGUCGCUCCACCACCUGAGCAAACACAACACAGCCAUGAGCUGCCUUUUGUCCGGCUGUGUCUGUAUGUGCCUACCUCCGAAUGCGAAUGCGUCACUGGCUGCGGUGAGAUUGAGGUCUGGAGCCCUCCCACCUCCACCACCACCACCACCCCCACCCCCACCACCUCGGCCCUUCUUGCUGCGGGAUCGGGCGGGGGGCGUCUCCUCCUCCUCCUCAGUCCUACAAGUACACCACACACGACGGGCGAGGGAUGUGAGGGUGGAUGGGAUGCGUCUGAGUGCGCAUCACCCACUCUUCGUCUUCGGAGGGCGUGGGCGAUCGGCGCCUCUGAUGAACCACACAUACAGAAAAGCAAGUGUGAGGCUUUCUCUGCCCCCCGUGUGUCAUUGCCCUCAGUCGCGCACCUCUUCUUUCUUUGUCUUCCUUGCGGUCCCGCUCUUGGGUGGCUUCACUGCACACAUACAGACACACACACACACAGAGAGAGGGGCAGCAAUGCGAUGCGCUUGUACAAUGGAAGCCGCACACCUUUCGACGCUUUUGUUUCCUUCUUUUCACUCCCACGCCUCUUUUUGCUGCGGCAGAAACAAACAGUCCGUCAAGGGGCGCGUGAUUUUCUCCGGGCGGCCGGGAGGGAGGUAAGGUACCUAACGGUCGUACCUGCCGUAUUUGUCUUCGAGUCUUGUCAUUUCGUAUUGGUCGAACCGGUCGUCGCCCACCUUUUUGGCCCCCUUGCCCUUCGCACAAGUCGAACACAGGAACUCGUACUUGGUCGUGUCAACGUGAGUCACCGGCUAUGCGCACACAUUCGCACAUGCAGGAUGCACAACGCAACACACGCAAUGAAUGCACUGUAAUGCCGCCCUCCAUCUCGUGAACUGUGACCGCCCCAACGACUGACUGACUGCUUGUCGGUUGUAACUUACCGAUUUUUUGCAUUUGGCGCAUUUGUCGUUUUCUUUCAUCCACUUGUAGAGCUUCUCCAGGUUCAUGGCCUCCUCCAACUCCUGACGCACCCACCCCACCACCACACAGCACAGCACCCCAACAAACACGUGUGCAUGAUUCAAUCGUCGGUCCUCCUGGCCUUUGUGCGGACCUCCUUGGAUAUCCCCAGGUCCCCGAGCGACAUGGUGAUGGGAGAGGGUACGAGGGGAGCUGCCGCGACUGCCUCUGGUCAAAUGACGUUGAUGGCGAGGGCUCUUGUCGCCGCCUGGGCACAAAUAGCAGGAGAAGCCUUUCAAUCGCACGAGGGCCUCUUCAUGGCCAUGUCCUUACCUGUUUCAAAUCAGCCUUGCUUGCCAGAACCGACGUCUGCUCACCG